AUGACGCUACCGCUCCAGCUCAAGCUAGAAAACACCAUUCCACCCCAGCGCCAACCAAGCUCCCACAGGAAGAUACCCCAACCACGUUUUCGAUUCGUCACCAACGAAGUCGGCGACAACGGUUUCGCAACCCUCCACAACUAUGACCCGCUAUGGGUCCAGAGCACAGGUGCUGAUCCGAACUCUGUGUUCGAAUCCUACAGCAAGAUGAAGUUCGAAAAACUCUUCCUCGCCGGAGUCAUCCAGAAGGCUGACAGACUCGUCAUCCGGUACACCGGCGCGUUUUCGAGCGUUGUCGACAACGGCGUUGCUACUCUGACGCACGUCGGCUUCUCCAGAGGCUCAAAGCGGAACAUACUCUUCCCGGACCUGGCUCUGACUCUGAGCUCGCACCCCUCGUAUCUGCGGACCAUCUCCGCCUGCAGCGGGCCCGGCGCCAUCAUGACGCAUUUCGCCCAGUGCAACAUCACCGGGCCUGAUAUUGGUGCGAAUUUGGCCAGGCACUUGCAUGUGUGGCGUGGGUCUCAGGGUCUGGGGACGUUGAAGUAUGUGCGGCAGGCUUACCACACGUGGAAGAAGGAUAUGGAAACCGACCGUGAUGGAGCAGACGGGAAUGGUGUGACAAAGGAGGGCGAGGGAAUCUGA